ACAGAUAUAAAUAUUAUGCCCUUCCUUUAUAAACUUCACAUCUCUGUUUUUCUUCCUUCCAAAACAGAGUCCCGCCGGCCGGAAAAUAUGGGCUCUGAAGCAAACUCCGGCGACAGCCACAUCAUUAUGCUCCCUUUCAUGGCUCACGGCCAUCUCAUCCCCUUCCUCGAACUCGCCAAAUUAAUCCUUCGUAGAUCCUCUGUUUUCACCGUCACCAUCGCCUGCACCCCUUCUAACAUCCAAUACAUCCGCUCCACUGUCUCCGCCGCCGUUAAAAUCCAACUGGCGGAGCUCCACUACUCGAGCUCCGGCCAAAACCUCCCAGCCAACACCGAGAACACCGAGAAUCUCUCUCCAGAACAAAUCGUCACUCUGUUUCACUCCUCCAUCGCCCUCGAACUCCCCCUCCGGCAACUAAUCACCGACAUCAUCAAAAAAGAAGGCAAGCCGCCGGUGUGUAUAAUCUCUGACUUAUUCUUUGGUUGGUCGGUUGCCGUCGCGAGAAGCUUUAACGUCCCGAUUUUCAAUUUCACUACCUGCGGUGCUUAUGGUACUCUGGCCUACAUCUCUCUCUGGUUGAAUCUCCCCCACCGCUCCAGCGCCGCGGAUGAUUUCUCUGUCCCAGGAUUCCCAGAAGGCUGCCGUUUCCAUCGCUCUCAACUGAACCAGUUCGUACUCGCCGCCGACGGCACCGAUUCCUGGUCCAAAUUUUUCCAGCCGCAACUCUCCUCUGCUUUGAGCUCCGAUGGAUGGCUCUGUAACACCGUUGAAGAAGUUGAAUCUUUCGGAUUGAGGCACUUGAGGGAUUACAUAAAAAUCCCCGUCUGGGGAAUUGGACCGCUUCUUCCUGAAAGCACCAGCCGCCGGUGGGGGAAAGAGAAAGAUUCCGGCGUACAUUUGGAAAAUUGCAUCAAUUGGCUGAAUUCCCAUUCAAAAAAUUCGGUUCUGUACAUCUCGUUCGGAUCUCAGAACACAAUCAGCGAGACCCAGAUGCUAGAAUUGGCGCACGGAUUGGAGGAAAGUGGGAAGGCGUUCAUAUGGAUGGUGAGGCCGCCAUUGGGGCACGACAUGAAAGCAGAGUUCAGAGCUGAAUGGCUGCCGGAGCGAUUCGAGGAACGAAUGAAGGAGAGGAAUGGAGGAUUGUUGAUCAGAAAUUGGGCACCCCAGUUGGAUAUUUUGUCGCAUGAAGCGGUGGGGGCGUUUUUGAGCCACUGUGGAUGGAAUUCAAUGGUGGAGAGCCUGAGCCAGGGGGUGCCGAUGAUAGGGUGGCCAAUGGCAGCAGAACAGGCGUACAACUCGAAGAUGAUGGUGGAGGAGAUGGGGGUUGGACUGGAGCUGACAAGGGGAAGAGAGAGAGAGUUUCGGAGAGGGAAGGUGAAGAAGAUGAUAGAAAUGGUGAUGGGGGAAGGUGGGAAAGGGGAAGAGAUGAGGAAGAAGGCCGCCAUUGUUAAGGACAAGAUGACGGCUGCGGUCGAGGAUUACAACGAAAAGGGUUCGUCUGUGAGAAGUUUGGAGGAGUUUCUUGCAGUCAUUCCAACUAUUACGAGCCAAGAAAUGAACUUAAAAACGCAACUUUAAGAUCAACCUCAAUGAAUCACGACGUAACUGGCUUCAAACCAUAUUAAGCUUUCAGAGCGUUGCAUGGCAUUAUAUUCGUAUCAUCUAGUUUGAUAUCGUUUCAUCUAGUUUUGAUAAUGAGGUGUAUGUAGCAGAGAGCAAAUCUAAUAGAUUGAAGCAUGAACUUAUUUCUCUGCAUUUUUAA